UCCACUGUGGUGGUGUACAGAGGCAAAAUUACCAAAACUGUGUCACUGUCCCAAUAUUUAUGGAGCUGACUGUAUCUCCCACAGCAUUACUUGCAAAAGCCAAUGCACUGCAACAAAAACAUGCUAAAGAAAAGGAAGAAGAAGAACUUAGAAAGAUGAAGGAGGUAUGGGAAGUUCAAGCAGAAAUUGCAGCCACCACAGCUAAAAUUGAGUAUCUCAAGAAUGCUGAAAACUCUGUAACGAAUGACAAUGUGGUCACCAAAGAUGAAUGUGUAUUGUCAGGAAAUGUUGAAUAAAACCCCAUCAAGUGCUAAAAACACACAAGAAGUGAGGCCAAAAGACAGUUUUUAUGCACAGCUCUCUACAGCACCAACAGCACCAAGUGUGACUGUGACUUCAAGACAUUCUUAUCCUCAGAACAGUAAUGCAGUUCAACAACCCACUACUGUGAAUAUUGAUUCCAAAUCAUCUGCACAAAUCUCUCAUUCAGCUAGAGCAAGUAGAGAAUCAUCUUCAUCUAUUAUCAUUCAGAGACUUGAUCUUGCUACAAUUCUUCAAAGACAAAACAACCUGACAGACAUGCUUGUGAAACAACAACUUCUUUCCACCUUACCAAGGGGAGAAAUUCCAGUUUUUAAUGGAGAUAUUCUGCAGUACAGGGCAUUGAUGACUGGACACAGUCACCAAUAUGAGGAGUAUCGCUCUCAAACUCCCAUAACAAGCUCAGAGAGAGGUGGCGUACAAAGGCAGUCGAGUUACAAGAACAAAGGAGUCACAAGUUAAAGAUGGUAGACCUUGUCAGCUUCAUUGAAAAACAAGCUAACAUUGUUUCAGACCCAAUAUUUGGUGAUAUCCAAGACUCAAGCCCAAGUAAAGGAAAGCCCAAAGUGCUAUUGAAGCCCAAAUCCAAAGGCAGUUUUGCCACCAAUGUGCAAGUGAAACCACCACAGAGACCAACUAAGGUGUUCACCACCACCAUCAUGCCUCUACUGUAACAAUGGACAUGAAUUGAUGUCAUGCUUGCAGUUUGAAAAGCAGCCACACAGGGAAAAGAUAAACUUCAUAAGACGGAAUGGAAUCUGCUUCGGGUGCUUGACCAAAGAAGGACAUGUGAGUAAAUACUGCACAAAGCAUCUUACCUGCACCAUAUGCAACAAACAGCAUCCAAGUGCACUACACCUCAAACCACUAGAAUCAUCCAAACAAAUUAAGAAAAUGCUUGUGAGUAGCACACAGGUGUCUCUUCAAGAUGGUAAGCAUACUGGAGUCAGAAAAACACAGAACUACGCAGAAUGCCUGCUGUCGAUUGUACCAGUACAGAUUAAAAGUUCAAAAGGAAGUAAGAUUCUGCGCACAUAUGCCUUUCUUGAUCCUGGAAGUUUGGCAAGCUUCUGCACAGAGGAUCUUAUGAAGAAAAUCAACAUUACUGGAAGAAAGACUAACAUUCUUCUUCAAACGAUGAGCCAGGAUAAGUCUGUGCCCUCUUAUAUUGUCAGUGGUUUGGAAGUUUCUUCACUGGAAGAAAAUAACUUUAUUCCAUUGCCUGAAGUCUACACACAACAGAGCAUGCCCGUUGACACCUCUAACAUUCUCACAAAGGAAGAACUGUCUAAAUGGCCUUACCUGAAUAAGGUACAGGUUCUUAGGAUUCCAGCCAAGGUGGAGCUGCUGAUUGGAAGCAACACUCCCAAAGCCAUUGAACCUUGGGAUGUCAUUAAUAGCCAAGGGGAUGGGCCAUAUGCAGUUAAGACCCUACUAGGGUGGGUUGUUAAUGGUCCUUUACAAGGCAAAGCCACAGCAAACAGGUAUAGCUGUGAUGUUGUUGUUGUUGUUAACAGAAUUUCUGUCUCAAACCUGGAAGAAAUGUUGAAACAACAAUACAACCAUGAUUUCAAUGAGAGGUCAAGAGAAGACAAGGCUGAAAUGUCUGUAGAAGACAAAAGGUUCAUCAAGAUUGCAGAUCAGUCAAUCAAGUUGAAAGAUGGACAUUACACUCUUGAUUUACCCUUUAGGAAGAAUGACCCAGUGCUACCUAACAAUUACCAAGUGGCAGAACAGUGACUUCAAAGUUUGAAAAGAAAGUUCAAGAGGAAUGAACAAUUCAAAACCGACUAUACUGAAUUUCUAACUGAAGUCAUAAAUAAGGGCUAUGCUGAAGUAGUACCACAACCAGAGUUGAAAAGAACAGACGGUAAAUUAUGGUACAUCCCACAUCAUGGUGUAUACCAUCCACAAAAACAGACCAUAAGAGUUGUCUUUGACUGUGGUGCCACCUUUCAAAGUAAAUCCCUCAACUCAGAACUUCUUCAGGGUCCUGAUUUGACCAGCACACUUUUUGAUGUCCUCACCAGAUUUUGCCAAGACCCUGUAGCGGUUAUGACAGACAUCAAAGCGAUGUUCCAUCAGGUUAGAGUGUCAAAGGCAGAUGUUGACUCUUUGUGACUCCUCUGGUGGCCAGAGGGUGAUGCCAGUAUGCCUGCUGUGGAACAUUGAAAGCUAGUACAUCUUUUUGGGGCAGUGUCAUCCCCCAGUUGUGCUAACUUUGCUCUAAGACAAACAGCCAAAGAUAGCGAUGACUGUUUUCCAUCCGAGGUAAUAAGCACUGUCGAACAAUUUCUAUGUGGAUGAUUGUUUAAAGUCACUUCGAACAGAGCAUGAAGCAGUAGAGAUGGUAAAAGUCCUUACAUCUCUCUGUCAAACAGGAGGAUUCCAUCUCACAAAAUGGGUGAGUAACAGUUGCACUGUGCUUGCACAUAUUCCAAAUAAGACAGAGCUCAGAAUGUAAAGGAAUUGAAUCUCGACAGGGAAAGGCUUCCCACUGAAAGAGCACUUGGAUUGUUGUGCGUGGAGAAUGAUGUAUUUAAGUUCAAUAUUACUGUUAAGUGCAGAUUCCACACCCGAAGAGACCUACUGUCAGUUGUAAGCACCAUAUAUGAUCCACUUGGAUUUUUGAGUCCAUUCACUCUACCUGCAAAAUUGCUUCUCCAAGUUCUCUGUAGGAGCAAAUGUGGUUGGAAUGAGGAGAUACCACAAGCUGCAGUGGAAAAGUGGACAAAUUGGAUAAAGGAUCUUGAUGAGAUUGUCUGAACUCGGAGUCCUUCUCUGAGUGGACACUCUCGUGGGUGGAUUCUACUAUCUGCCAAUUACCUAUAUUUUACUUAUUCUACUCACUGAAAAAUAAACCUCAAUGAAGAGUCUUCAGUCCUUGGAUGAGAAGAAGCAAACUUUUUUAUUGCAAUAACUACACAACACGUUCAAAUGAGCUCAAAGAAGGUGAUCUGCCGCAGUGGUGACACAGCAAUCUCGCGCAGGAGAGUUGAGUGCCCCCAACAUCUCAAAAUCCCGUCCAUAUAUAUCUGGGCACCUUCUGACGCCUCCUUCUUUUAACUUAUGUCAGCAAUUUUCCAUUAUGUUCAGUUUAGACCCUUUUGACUCCUCCUGUCCCAAUUUACAUAUAUUUCACCAUUUCCCAUAAUCUACUGACUGUUCCUGGAAUCUCCUCCCACUGACCUUUCUUGUCCCGUUGUCUGUUUAUUUCGAAUUCACCCUAUUUUCCAACUGCUCAACCAUCCCAUUUCCCUAAGACUCCAUAUUGGGUUUAUUCUGUUAUCCUCCCAAUUACCCUUAUUUCCAAACUUCCAACCUGGCCUAGUUUAACAUUGAAAAAUAAGUGCUUGUAUAAAAACGCUCACUUCCUCAACUCUCUUCACUUUAUUUCCGUCCCUCAGAUUGAUCGAACUACCCGGGGAAUCACUCUGCUGCAUCGAUCAUGUCUCAGUCUCGUAGACACACAGGAAGAGGCCCUAGGCCUCUGUCAACCCUUGCAGCUGAGCUCGCCCGCUUCUUCGAACACCUGCUAUCUCCGGCGUCCCUAGAGACUUCAUUUCUUCCUCCCCGCAUUGUGCAUCAAAUUCCUACUUCUGAUAAAUCCACACUAACUGUGCCUAACACUCAAGUUAUGCCGCCGGUGCUGACAUAUGACGUAGGCACUCAAACUGUCACCCCGCCGGUGUAUUCUACUUAUGAUGAAGUUUACUCUGAUGUGUUCCAGGCUCCUGAGACCACACUAUCCCGUUCUCCUUCUCCUGGAUAUCACUCUCCUACUGAUUAUUCUCCCACUUCACCCAUUCCGCCCAUUCAGUUUUCCUUUUCCCCUAUCCCUCCUGAGCCUCCAUGCGUCCUUAUUGACUAAAGCAUUCUCUAUAAUCACAUAUCAUGUAUUUCUAUCAUGUUAAGUAAACCAUCUAUGUUCUUAAACCUCAUGUUUUGAGUGUGGUUUGUGAACGUGGUAUUUGAGCGUGGUUACUACGUGCAUACUAAUGCCAGCAUAAUCAUUAUGGGCUUUCAGCGUAGGUAUUAUAUAAAGCUUUAGCUUUAUUAAAAGCCAACUAAUAUUAACUAUUUUAAGCAUUAUUAUUAUUAUUUAUUUUUUUGUAAAUUUAUUUUAUUUUUAUGACUUGUCUCAACAUCAUUAUGUGGAGAAGAACUGCACAGGGUGGUGGAUGUCUUUUAGGAGUAUUUGAUAUGGAGUUUAUCUCUGGGUGAAUACUGGUGGAGUGAACAAGAUCAUAUUUGG